GCGUUUGUUUUGCGACCCAAAUUUUCAAUUUUGCAAAUCAUGGCACCACGACGUAAAAGACAGCGUCUUUCUCAAGAUGGUGCAGAAGCCAUCACCGCGACCUCCGACACCGAAACAACGUCUGGCGCCGUCAAGGCUAUCUCAAAAGAUACCGCUCGCAAACAGCUCUUCGUCCGUUCCCUUGCGCAGACCGUAACCUCCGAAGACCUGACGGAAUUCUUCUCCGAAAACUAUCCGAUCAAGCAUGCGCUCGUCGUCCUCGACAAAGAUACAAAAGAAUCGAAAGGAUAUGGUUUCGUUACUUUCGCCGACGCUGAAGAUGCACUGAGGGCCAAGGAAGAACUAGACAAAAGUGAAUUGAGAGGAAAGCGAAUGAGGAUUGACUUGGCAGAGAGCAGACAUCGAGAAGGCGAUGGCGAUAUGUCGGGUGCGGUCGCCCCCUCUGCCGGAGCGCGAGUGAGGGCGGAACGUGAAAAGCAGAAGCUGGAAAACCAGGCGCCCAAACUUAUUGUCCGGAACUUGCCAUGGACUAUCAAGACGCCGGAACAGCUGACCAAGAUGUUCUUGAGCUACGGAAAAGUUCACUUCGUCACCCUGCCCAAAAAACCCAACGGAGAGCUAAAAGGUUUCGCUUUCGUGGCUCUGCGUGGCAAGAAGAAUGCAGAAAGGGCUAUGGAAAGCUUGAAUGGAAAAGAGAUUGACGGCAGACCCAUCGCUAUCGAUUGGGCUGUCGACAAGGAAGAAUGGCAAGAGAUUCAGAAAAAGGCAGAGAAAGAGGACGCGGAUAACAAAGAAGCCGAAGAUUCGGAUGCAGAAUCAUCUGUCGUGUCUUCGGAUUCUGAUGAUGAUGACGAUGAUGAGGAAGAAGAGGACGAUGACAUCGAUUUCGAGGAUGAUCCAGACAGCGACGAAGAUGGCGGCGUUGCCCUCGACGAUGACAAGCCGAAAUCACCCGAGUACACCGUGUUUAUUCGCAAUCUACCGUUCACCGUGGAUGAUGACAUGCUCUUCGAACAUUUCCAGCAGUUUGGUCCCAUCGGUUUUGCGCGAUGCGUCACCGACCGCGAGACUCAACGACCCAAAGGCACAGGCUUCGUUCGCUUUGUGAAGGAACAAGAUAUGAUUGAGUGUCUCAAAGGAGUCCCGCGUACUAAACUCACGAAGACAACGACAGACAGAAAAGACGGCACUACCAUCACGAACAUACAUUCAGUUUUGGAGGAUCAAGACGCGGAUCCUAGCGGGAAAUACACAAUGGACGGACGUGUUCUCCAGAUAACACGUGCUGUGGAUCGUUCAGAGGCCACACGACUUACGGCUGAAGGAGCAGCUACGCGGUUCAACCGCGACAAGGACAAGCGACGUCUCUACCUUCUAUCUGAAGGCACUCUCGACGCCAAGUCACCUCUUUACGAGAAACUUUCACCUUCUGAAAUCAAGAUGCGUGAAGAAAGUGCCAAUCUUCGUCGCAAACAGAUUCAGGAGAAUCCUGGGCUUCAUCUUAGUUUGACACGUCUUUCUGUACGCAACAUUCCCCGCAGCACGACCAGUAAGGACCUGAAAGCGCUUGCGCGCCAAGCAGUUGUUGGGUUCGCCCACGACAUCAAGGCUGGAAAGCGCCAGCGCCUCUCCAAGGAAGAGGUGUCUCGUGGUGGGGAGGAGAUGGUAAAUGCCGAAAAAGCCCGAAAGCGCAAAGGGAAGGGUAUUGUCAAACAAGCCAAGGUAGUAUUCGAGACACCUUCCGGCAGCAAGACCGCCGAGGACACUGGAGCGGGACGGUCGCGCGGCUACGGCUUCAUCGAGUACUACACACAUCGUGCCGCACUUAUGGGUCUGCGCUGGCUCAAUGGCCAUGCAGUUGAGUACAAAGUGGCAGGCGAACAGCCGAAGAGCAAGAAGGCAGCCAGAGAAGCGACUCAGGACAAGAAAAAGAGACUCAUCGUCGAGUUCGCCAUCGACAACGCGAACGUGGUAGCCCGUCGAUCUGACCGUGAGACUAAAGACAAGGAACCUAAGCCGAAAGAUGCCGACACAAAGGCCGAUGGUAGUACAGCCCGUGGGGCUAGCAAGAAGCCUAUUGCUGGAAAAAAACGAAAACACGAACCGGACGGAGAAGCGAGUGGACCACAACGUCGGGAUGCCGCGAAUGGGGGUGAUGCAGCAAACGGAGACGAUAAGUUGAAAGCGAAGAUUAGAAUCAUCCAAAAGAAAAGAGAAGCAAGACGUGCUAGGAAGAAGGGGAAGGCAUGAGGUGUUGUGAACACGCUUAUCUUCCAUGUGUUUCUCAGUAGUCGUCGGUGGAUCAUACAUUCAUACCCAUUUGCUCUCAUCGUACUUCACUGUUCAUGUGUCUCUACUCUUCGUGAUUGUAUAUAUCCCUAAUAAUAAGUUGCCGUGAUCAUGUUCAUCAAUUUCAAAGAGGACCAUACUGUCCAAUAUCUCGCGACCAGGAUCUCCUCCAGGAAAAUCUCACCCAUCCCAAACAACCUGCAAAGCUUGUACAUCAAUCUCGUACAACAAUUGAUGUAUUCGGCCAAAUCCCGAGCUUCGGGUACAACGUCGCGCCGCCAACAGCCCGGUCUCACCUCCCUUCCAACACCCAAUCAAACCUCUCGUACCGAACCAGUUACUUGCAGCCGAUAUUCCCCAUCCCACAUCAUUACAUGCUACAUGGUUCAAUUCCGCUUCCCCGCAGUGAUGCUGUGCUACAUUUGAUGUCUCGAGUUGUAUGUAUGUAUGUUGGUGGUUGUGCAUAUGCUGCUUGUGUCAACGAGGCGUCAGGAGAAAUACUCCUUCUGAUCUCGAGUCUUGCGAUCUGAUCCUAGACCCAUCCCGCUUCCCCGCACCCUCCCCCAUAUUUGUGUAUUUGGGGAAGCUUCGCGAAGCAGGAUUGGAAUACGGAAUUGCAUGCAGCGACAUAGUAUGUUGCUAC